UGCUGCUGUCCGUCUCCGUGCAUCCCGGUCCGGUGUCUCCAGCCCCCGCGCCGCUGCAUCCCUGAACCCUGGGUUAGCAGGACAGGCUCGGCUCGGUUGUAGCUGGUUAAGAUCCACCGGAACCUGAACGCAUCACCGGGAGGGGGAAGAGAAAGCCUCCAUAGCAACAAACCGGUUUCACGGCAUUAUUGUGAUGGAGGGAUGUUGAGAGGAGGCUUGGGGUGUAAUUUGGACAGAAACCCCAAAAACCAUCAGGAUAACCAGGACUAUAAAACAUUGUGCCAGGUGCAAAGCUCAAAAUCUCUGGAUCAAAGUAUCAAUGAAAUACUUCUGUUUUAGGAUUCUUCCAUUGGAGAGUAUUAACUGAAGUUGGAUACCACUGGAUUUACAAAGGUCACCUGAUCCCCAGACAGAUGCGAAGUCUGCUUCCUUUUUACUGAUAUUACAGAAACCUGUGCUAAACUAAACAGAAAUACUGCGUGUCUCUGGAAAGGAUUAUAACAAUAUCCUGGCACAAGCAAAGGUCUACAAGGAAGUCAUCAAGCUUAAGCUCAAGUUGUUCUUGCCGCUAGAAAGCAGGAUCUGAAGAUAGGAGGAAUUGUUUUUCGUUGUUGGACGAUGCGUGUGAUGUAGCAGAGACUCUCUUGAACGCUCCGGUCCAGUUCCCUCACCAUGUCUUUGAGUAAGACCCUCGAGCUGGAGCACUUCGACGAACGCGACAAGGUUCGCAGAGGACGCUCCACCCGAACCAAGAGAGAUGACUCCACAUCCGGUGGAGGCGGGGGGUCCGGCCCAAACUCCCGGGCCAGCAGCCUGGUCCCGAGCCCGGCCCACAGCGCCAAUUGCAGCUACUACCGAACCAGGACCCUGCAGACGCUCACUUCGGAGAAACGGGCCAAAAAGGUCCGGUUUUAUCGCAACGGAGACCGGUACUUCAAGGGUCUGGUGUACGCGGUGUCCAGCGACCGGUUCAGGAGCUUCGAUGCGCUGCUGAUGGAGCUAACGCGCUCUCUGGCGGAUAACUUGCAUCUGCCUCAAGGGGUGCGCUCGAUCUACACGAUAGAUGGCGGGAAGAAGAUCACCAGCAUGGACGAGCUGAUGGAAGGUGAGUGCUACGUCUGCGCCUCCAACGAGCCAUACCGUAAAGUGGACUACACCAAGAUCUCCGUCCCGAGCUGGAAGCCGGGCGCCGCCACAGGACCGGGAGCCGCGAGCGCCAGCGGCCGGCCCGCCACGGCGUCCGCGGGGGUUUCAGCGAGCCCCGCCGGCCCCCCCAGGGAGCGACCCGAGGGCCGGGAGGGCCGCGAGAGCAAAGACUUCAUCAAGCCCAAGCUGGUGACGGUGAUCCGCAGCGGAGUGAAGCCUCGGAAGGCCGUGAGGAUCCUGCUGAACAAGAAGACGGCACACAGCUUCAACCAGGUGCUCGCCGACAUCACCGAGGCCAUCAAGCUCGACUCGGGGGCCGUGAAGAGGCUCUACACGCUGGACGGGAAGCAGCUGACCUGUCUGCAGGACUUCUUCGGGGAUGACGAUGUGUUCAUGGCCUGUGGGCCGGAGAAGUUUCGCUACGCUCAGGACGACUUCGUGCUCACACACUGCAGCAGCAAAACACCGGCCUUUGUCAAUGAGUGCAAAUCAAAGGCAUCUCGUCCCGCCCCUCCUCCAAAAACUACAACUCCCAAGACCCCUAGCAGCUCGGGCUUCUCCACAAAGACCCCCCCCAGAGGAGGCCUCCCCAGGGCCAAGUCUCCAGGCUCAGCCAAUGAGGCGUCAGGUGGGAGAUCUUCCAGGACAAGCCACUCCCCCACCAGCCCUGGGUCCCGCCGCAGCCUCAAGGUCUCUCCUCGUCGUGCCUCCUCCACAGACGUAAACGGGGAAUCUGAGCAGCCCGAGGACACCCCUGUGGAAGUGAACGGUAAUCGCUCCGUUUCCUCCUCCAUGAUCAACGACAAGUACAAAGUUGGGAAGGUGAUCGGGGACGGGAACUUCGCCGUGGUGAAGGAGUGUGUGGAGAGGGCGACGGGACAGGAGUAUGCUCUGAAGAUCAUCGAUAAAGCUCGCUGCUGUGGGAAGGAGCACCUGAUAGAGAACGAGGUGGCCGUGUUGCGGCGGGUUCGCCAUCCGAGCAUCAUCGAGUUAAUAGAGGUGGACGAAACGCCGAGUCAGCUGUUCCUCGUCAUGGAGCUCGUCAAGGGCGGGGAUCUGUUCGACGCCAUCACCUCCUCCACUAAGUACAGCGAGCGGGACUCCAGCGCCAUGGUGUUCAACCUCUCCGGAGCCGUCAAGUACCUGCACCGCAUGAACAUCGUGCACCGGGACAUCAAGCCAGAGAACCUGCUGGUGUGUGAGUACCCAGAUGGCACUAAGUCCCUGAAGCUCGGGGACUUCGGGUUGGCGACGGUGGUGGAGGGGCCGCUGUACACGGUGUGCGGGACGCCGACGUACGUCGCUCCGGAGAUCAUCGCAGAGACCGGUUACGGUCUGAAGGUGGAUAUCUGGGCAGCGGGGGUCAUCACCUACAUCCUGCUGUGUGGAUUCCCUCCUUUCAGAAGUGAGAACAACGUGCAGGAGGAGCUGUUCGAUCAGAUCCUCCUGGGGAAGCUGGAGUUCCCGUCUCCGGACUGGGACGGCAUCAGCCUCCCAGCCAAGAUGCUGAUCAGUCAGAUGCUGCAGGUGAACGUGGACACUCGCUUCACCGCAGAGGAAGUCCUGUCUCACCCCUGGGUGACGGACGAGUCUCCUGCAGACUCCCACACUGUGAGCAGCGCUGAGGAGCAGACCAGUGGAGACGCACCGGAGCCACUGGAACCAGAGCAGGGAUCCCCCAUACUGGAAACCAAACAAAUUCCCUCACCUAUGGUCUGAAAACACAUCACUUCAUUGACGGGAGUUUGGAGUUUUAUCCUCUGGAAGACUCACAAGCCAUCAAUGGUCUAGGAUAGGGACCAGUUUACCCCUACUGGAAACCCAAUGAGUUCUCUUCAAUCUGAACUGGAACAAGUCAACCAUUUCUUCUACUGGAAACCCAAUAAGUUUCCCACUUCUGGUCAAGACUUGUCCAGGAAACCAGAGGAUUUCCAACAAAUCUGGUCUAUAAAUCAUCCAUUUUUGGAAACUAAAGGAGUCCUUUCUUCUGGAAGACUCAUCAGACAUCAAUGGUCUAUGGUAGACCCAGUUUUUGCUACUGGAAACCCAAGGAGUUCUCUUUAAUCUGAACUAGAACAACUCCCUGUUUCUUUGACUGGAAACCCCCAAAAGAUUCCCAAUUCCGGUCAAGAAUCUUCCAGCAAACCAGAGGAUUUCCAAAAAAGAAUCGUCCUAAAAAGCCCUUGUUUUGGAAUACAAACCAGCCCACCACCACCAGUGUAGGAUCGGGUCUCUUUACCCCUACUGGGCUCCCAAUGACUUCUCCUACUUCUGAACUAGAAAUCCCCAAAACAUCCCCAUUUCUAGUCAUGAAUGUUUCAGAAAACCAGAGCAUUUUCCACAAAUAGGGUCUAGAACUUGUCCCAUUACCCUUAAAUGUGGACUAGAACCUCUCCCCGUUUCUUCUACUGGGAAAUCCUUCUUUAAAUGUAAUAAUGAACCAGUUUCCCCAAUCAUUUAUGUCAUGGAAACCAAUCAAACUCCUGAACCCUUGGUCUAGAAGUCCUCCUGUUUGUUCACCUUAAACCAAAUGUGUUUCCUGCUCAAGUAUCUCUGAAGACGUUCCACGAUCAACCGGUUCUUCACCAAUCGUCUGGGACGCAUAUCGUUUGCUUCACUGGAAACAAAACCAAGGUAUUGAUUUCGUAUCCAUCUUCUGGAAACAGCCUCUGGUGUAGAGCUGGUAAUCCUGAAGACUUCAACACGUCUCUGCUGCUGAACUGGAAAGUAUUUAUUCUCCAUCAAGAAAUAGGGGCCUGUUUCCUUCUAUCUGGACACUAACGGGUACUUGGAGGAUCAAACCGUAUCCACUUGGGACACUUCCUGUUUCAAUACCCAGUGUCUCUUGGGACUGGACCCAUUACCCUCACCUCCAGAGGGAUUAAAUCGACCAGGAUGUCUUCCAUUUCUUCUGGGAAACGUCCCAUUUAUCCUGCCUUUACCCGACCUGAAGGACGAUUCUCACCCCUCCUGCAAACCCGAGAAGGUCUCUGAGUACUGUGCCUGUUUACGCUGCUGAUAGUACCCUAAAUCUCAGCCCUCACCUUAGAUAGGUUCCAUCCUUCAGACCCUGGCAUCCUUCACUGGCUGUAGAGACAAGAUGAGGCUCAUUGUUUCUACGGAUUAUUCAGUCUUGAUAAUUGGACGAUUAGUUUAAUGGAAGAUCUCAGCCAAAAGACUGAAGCAGAACGUCUAAGGGUCACAUAUUAUUGCUGUUAAGUUCAUUGGUUUAAUUAAUACACUAUAAAUUGGCAAAUUGUGCUGCUUUUCCCCAAAGAUUCCCCCAAUAUUUAUUAAAAACGUUUUUUUUAUGGAAAAAUGUACCCUUGGUUUAUGGUUGUAAAGAUUCUUCCAAUAAAAGUUAGUUAAAGGAUGUUUUUUGGGGAAAGAACAAGAAAGAAACCCUAAAAACAAGGAGCCUCGUCUACAUGAACUCCUCUCUCAUCCCAAGUCUUCGUACUGUACUCAGAAUAACUGAGACUUCUGAACCUCACAUUUAAAAAAAUAAUCACCGACCUUUUAAAGGUGUUGAGCUGCAGUUUGACGGCUCCUCCCUCCUGCAGCGAUGGGAGGGUAAACGUGUUGUAGAUACUGUAAAUACUCUCUGUCUGUCGGUGUCUGUGUGAGUCAGUGUUGAAGUAGGGAAACCGUAGCAGUUCUGAAAAAAUAAAAUACUACAAUGAGAAGAAACUCACCAUUAACGUGUGUCAGCAACCCGAAGAAACCCUUGUUUUUACCCCGAAAAUAGUGUGUACACAGUGGGAUGUUGUGGAAGUACUUUACCUAUCAUAAUGUGAUACUUCUGCUGCAUUUCAGAGGGGAUAUGGUACUUUUCACUCCAUUACGAGCUUUGGAAGGCUUUAUUUCAGUCAAAUUUUAAGUAAAAUCUUAUAAAACACAAAAUAAAUCUACCAACAAAACCUUGAAUAGCAUUUCCAAAUUAAUUUUAAUUGACCAAAUAUUAAUUACUGGGGGUUUGGGUAUUUCUGUGCCAAGUAUUGCCUAAUAUUUCCAGAUUUCUGCUUUUAAAAGUGUCUUUUCUUUGUCUUAAAUGACAGAAAUCUGAAUAAAUAUGAAGAUCUGACAGUUCGACAAUAGCAUUUAUAUUUAAUAACGUAAUAGUAUAUCAUUAAAUAUACUAUAUUAACUCACAGUUAACAAUUUCUGCUUUGAAUACUUACAUUUCCUGCUUUUUUACCCAAAUUGCCAUCAUUAAUGGAGCAAAUUAACUUCUAAUUGUGUAAAUUUAUUAUCUUUAUUAAUCCUUUUAUUUAUGCGAGAGUCCCUGAAAACUUCUGUGGAAAAAAACCUUUGAAAAAAAGUAUUUUAUCUCCUAGAAAAUCAAGGUUUUCUGAGGGCUGCUGACCAACCGUAAUGAAAGAGUUCCUACCUGUGAAGUCCAUCUCGUAGCAACCGUCGCCCGGCAACAGCGGAAUGUCAUGGCGUUAUGGGAUGGAGCUCCUUCCUUAUAUGGUUGUAAUGUCAAUCAUCCAUCCACACAUCCGUCAUUCUGUCUGUUGAGGGAGAGAAAGGUGUGUGUGUGUGUGUGUGUGUGUGUGUGUGU